AUGCAGAUGAAUCAAUAUCAUCCUUAUGCUAUGCAAUAUAGCCAUACAGUUUAUAUUAAAAGAACAGAAGUACCAUUUUAUUCAGAUAGAUUAAAUAAGAGAAUUCAAGUUCAUUCAUAUUUAUCUAGAUUAGUAGAUUAUUUAUUAUCAAAAGAUGAUAAAAAAAUUGACUUUGCUUUGAAUUCAUUAUUAACAAAAUCCUAUCAAGAAAAAUUAAUUUUUUCAAUUAGCAUUGAAAAGGAUUUCAAAGAGACAAUGUUUCCAAUUCCUUCAAUUUUAGAUUCAUUAUUAAAUGCUAUUGUAUCAUUUACACCAGAGAAUAAGAAUAAUAAUAGUAAUAAUAAUGAUGAUGAUGAUGAUAAAGAUUCAGAAGAAUUAACAACUUAUAAAUUAAAUUUAAAUAAUGAUACUAUUUUAAUUUCAAAAAUUGUAUCAAUCUUAAGAAAUUCAAUACUCCAAAAACCAAAUGAUCAAUAUUUAGCAAAUAAUCCAACUGCACUUUUAGCAUUGUUAGAGAUUGCACAUUCUUAUUUAACAUAUAGAAAAAGUUUAUCAAGUAAACAGAAUUCAUUUGAUCCAAAUACUUUCAACCCAUUCGAUUCUUUAAAUUUACACCCAAUCAAUCAAUUAAAUUCAAAUAUUACUAGAUAUAUCAUUGAAAUUUUCUCAAAAAUUAUUCAAUAUUUAACAUUACAACAACCACCACCACCACCACAACCACCUCAACCACAACAACAACAACCUCAACAAAAUGAUAACGAAACUUUAAUGGAUAUUACUACACCACCACCACCAACUACAACAGCUACCACUACAACUACUACUGCAACAAAUGAUAAUAAGAAUAAUAAUGAAAAUGAAGAUUUAGUUAAAAGUUUAAAUGAAAAGAAUAUAUUUUCAAAAGACCAAGUUAGAGAGAUGUGUUAUGGAUCAAAUAAAUUUUAUGUUUUAAAGAAAUUACCAGUUUCAAUUUUAACUAAAAAACUAUUAUCAAUAUUAGAGAUGUCAAUCUAUUGUUUUAAGGAUGAUUCAGAAUUAUUGGCAUGUGUCGAAACCAUUGAUUAUAUUUGUAAAUCAAAGAGAAAUCGUUAUGCUUUGGAUGAGUUGGUAAUGAAACCAAUCUAUGAUCAAUUUAUAAUUUCAAAUAAUUCACCACCACCACCUACCUCAUCUUCAACAUCGAAUGCAGUAUCUUCACCAUUACCACAAACAUCAUCAUCAUCAUCAUCAUCAAAUGUUACAUCACCACCAUUUCCUACAACUACAACUACAACAACAACAACAACAAAUAACAAUGAAACUUUACAAUCUACAUCAACACCACCAACAUUCCAAACUCUAACUUCUUCAGUAAUUGAAACUUUUACAAUUAAAAAUCCAAAGAAAGUCUUUGAAAAACAUCCAAAUUUAAUUAGUAGAGUUGUAGAACUUUUAAGUCAUUCACAUCAAUCAAUUCAAUUAUUAUCAAUUCAAAUUUUAUCAACACUCUCAAAAUCUUCUCAAAAAUUAAGAAUUACAAUUUGUCAUUAUCCAGGAUUAGUUAGACAUUUAAUUAAUUUAUUAACACAUAAACCAACUGGAGAGAAUGCAGAAAUUUCAAAAAGAGCAGCAAGUUUAUUAUCACGUCUUUCAAAGGAAUCUUAUAAUUUACCAAUUCUAUUACCUUUUGAAACUACUCUUGCUCAAAUUGCACUCACAGAUAAUCCUCAUUCUGAUAUCAUUACAAAUAUUUUAGUUAGAUUUGAAAUUAAAAAUAAUUAUAAUUAA